GCGCAGUGCUCACAGAGCAGGCAGCGUUCGCACCGUCACAUUGUCCCGCUCCGUGUAUCGACUGAUUCCAGCAUCCGAUUUCCUUUACGGAUAAGUUCAAUGAACCUGCAGUCAUCGUCGGCCUUCCGCUCGGAGCACAGCUUCAAAAAGACCUCAUCCUCCUCAUCCUCCAACAUGCAGCCCCGGGAGCCAUUCAUGGACAAGACUUUGGGCAUCUUCACGGAGGAUUUCGGCAAGUUCAGGAGACCCCUCGAACCCCUGGGCUUCACAGCUGGGUCUGCACAGAAUGUGAAGACCUUGGGAAACACUUACCAGUUUGAGGUAGAUGUCAGAGAUUUCUCUCCAGAAGACAUAAUUGUCACUACAUCCAACAACCAGAUCGAGGUGCAUGCUGAGAAAUUGGCCGCAGAUGGGACAAUCAUGAACACCUUCACCCACAAAUGUCAGCUGCCUGAGGACGUGGACCCCACCACCGUCACCUCCGCCCUGGGGGAGAAUGGGAUGUUGACUGUCAAGGCCGAGAGAAGCCCCAGCAAGCACACGGACCACCAGACGUUCCGGACUGAAAUAAAAAUAUAGAGACAUGUGAAGAGGAGGGGGAGCCUGGCACACUUCUCAUCGCUGGGUCAGACCACACCCCUCAAUUAGUCUCCGCCCCCUGGCUUAGAGGGAUUAUCCAGGUUUUUAAAACUGAUGGCCUAUCUUUGGGCUGCAGCUUGGAGAGUCAAACCUCCAAUGAUCUUAUAUUGAUGGCCUAUCCUAAAAAUAAAAUAAAACAUGGACAACCCCUUUAACCAGGGCACCACUGGUGGCGACACACAGCUAGGUGGCGGUAGAGAGUCUGUAGAGGGCACUGAGCAUCCACUUCUGCUGUGGACAUUCCAGAGGAAAUCGUAGAUUUGUAGGUUCAUCCAAUGUGGACACAGACACAUAAUAGAGCGCACGGGGCUGUCUUUGAGUGGAAAUGGUGGGGUACAGGUGAGGGGUUCCCCAAUAAUCAGCUGGUCAUGGGGGUCACACUGCUGACCAUGAUUAUUAUAUGGCGUUCAUGGAAAUAAACCGUCAUGUAUUGCUUUAGGACUAUAAAGGAGAACCCCCUCCAUAACAGGCAUAGGGAUAGUGGACAGCACCUUUAAUACUGGCUCCAUUGUCUUUGUUGCCCAUAGCAACCAAUCACAGCUCAGCUUUUUAUCUUGUAUUCCACUCUUAAAAAUGAAAGCUGUGCUGUGAUUGGUUGCUGAAGGCAACCAAGAUAGUCUCUUAAAGUUACCCUCACAAUGUCACCAGGACAUUAAAGGACUUUUGUAAGUGAAUGGGUUGAUCGGACAGACACAUAUAGAUAAAGUAUGAGUGGGGGAUUUAUCAAAACUGGCCCAUAGCAACCAAUAAGAUUUCAGCUUUCAUUUUUCAGAGCCUCUUUGGAAAAUGAAAGGUGGAAUCUGAUUGGUUGCUAAAUCAGUUCUCCUUUACUCCAGUUUUGAUAAAUCUGCCCCAUAGAGUAGCUGCAGGUUGUUCCACGGUGGGGCCCCUCAGCAACAAGAGACCACCAUACUAAUGCUUCAGUUGGGGGAUGGGAUCAGUUUUACACAUGAGAGUUAGGGGUUGUGCCUGGUAAGUUACAAUAGGUCGUUAGGAUGUUGGGGUCCCUGUCAGGAUCCCCGUCUAUUAGCCAGAGCAGAAGUGUCAAACAUGUGAGGAACAUGAACAACGAGGAAUAAUAAAAUGGGGGUCUCAUGCACACAACGGAUACCGGCAAAAUACGGAUACCGGCCUUGUGCAAUCCGCACUGUCCGUGGGCCCAAUUCUAGUCUGUCUAUUCUUGUCUGCAAAAUGGACAGAAAUAGGACAUGUUCUAUAUUUUGCAGAGCAGCAGCAUGGAUGCAGGGACCACAUGGAUGACGUGCUGUCCGUAUUUUUUUGAAGCCCCAAAAAUAGGCCCACAUCCGAAUCGCAAAAAAAGUGCAUCAGAUACGGUCGUGUGCAUGAGACCUUUCUCAGGAGGACCAGCAGUGUGAACCAGGUUACCCCUAUAUAUAUACUCAUAUACAGUAUUUACCAUCAUGGCGACUGCGUGAUGACGCCCGCGCCUCCUUCUCGCCUGUUCCCGCACUCUCUUGUAUAUAGAUUGUAUUUGUUGUUGUUACAUUUUAAAUACUUUGUAUCACUGA